AUGGGAUUCGUCGGUGGUGCCCCUCCGUCCAGUGGUUUCUCUCAAUCUUCUGUCGUGGAGACAACCUUUUGCGAUUGUGAUGGUACGCAGCGAACUGGACGGGACGUGUCCUUUGCUCCAGAAAAUAGGGGUGAAGCACCAGGAGUCGAGAUCAGUCCAAGUUUCACCGCCCGCGAGUGUCUUCAGUCGUCGCCCUGUCUUCCUCCGAUUCUUCUUGCGGCCGAGUCUGCUCCCCUCGCUGGUCGAAUGACGAAUCCGUCUGCGCCUUCUGCUCAGACGCACGCAGCUUGUCCGCAAGUUCCUCCGGAGGGUCAGGUUCGAGUCGGAGGCGGUCACCCUCAUCUUCCUCCGCAGUAUCCGAUCCCUCCACAUUCGGAAAGUGGCGCCGUAUCACCGGCUUCACUUGCGCCCCUUCCAGUCCACAGUUCUGACCCAACUUCUGGCGAUCCGCAUGAUAGAUGGGAUUUUCGCUGUGAGGGCUCACCGGCAAGAACUUCUUUUCAUCCGGGUGACACGGCACACUUAGCUGACAUGUCACAUUCAGCUGGUUCCCGUGCUUUCGAGCACUGCAAGAUCAGCCACGAGGCCAUCGCGGGAACUGAAGAACAGGAGGAAGUACCGCAGACAAGAUAUCUGUGUCGUGACCCACAACGGGGCUCCUCAGAUUUGAUGGCUCCGAGUAGUAAUUCCGCGUCGCCGGUCCCUAGCCAGUCUUUGGUCGCAUAUGCUACAAACAAGAAGGGAGAACCGGCAAGGAUGCCUCUAAACAAAGCUCUCACGCGCCUGGAUCUGAGCCGGGCCGUCUACCAGAGAAUGAAGACGGUGGACGUACAGCGGGGAACGGAGUCGGUGCUGCUUGAAGAGGUUGAGGACGCCUUGCUAAGGGGACCUUCUUCUCCUGCACAUGAAGGACCAAGUACACAUUCUCAGGCCUACAGCGAUUCAGACUUCUGUCCGCGUUUAUCGGGGAAAGGAGAAUGUGGCGAUGGAGGUUUUGCGUCCGGUCCGGCCUUCUCAGCGGAAAUGGCCAAUUGCGGCGAUGUGGGCAGCGAGGCAGCGAAACUGAAGAUGCUGGCGGAGAAACUUCAGGCACAAGAAGAGGAGAAGAGAACAAUGCAGGAAGAGAGUUUUCAGGUUGAGCAAUUAUUGAAGCGCCAGUACUACCAGGAUAUGCGGAAGAAGAACGCAGAAAAUGAGGACUUGAAGAAGCAGCUAGGUCGUCUGCGGGAAGAGAUGGACGCACUAAAUCGCCAUCUCUCGGCAACCCUGCAGCACAAAGACCAACUCCAAAAUGCGCUGGCUCUCGCUCAAGACGCUCUCACCCAUGCAGUCGACAGCAUGGUGUUCACGCCUCGAGCUCCGCUGGAUCCGCAGUCACCUCGCUCUCAACCCACACGUGGCGGCUCAGUCUGUAGCAAGGCAGUAACUCCUCUUUUACACAACGCGGUAGCCCCUCCUCUAAGGGAAAGGACGGAUUUAGCGAACAUUGCUGUAGAAGACCCCGGCAAGAGGAUGAGUUCGAAUCCGCAACAAAUCGGGGAAAGGACUGUCUCUGCUGAGUCCUUCGCUUCGUCCUCCUUGAGGAAAACAGGGAGCACAGAAGAGAGACAAGGAAUAAGCAAAAAGGCAGCAGGCGGCGCGAACGAGGCGUUAAACGAUUGUUGCGCUACAGCAGAAGAGACACAGACCGAGGCCGCAGAGUCGAAAUCCAGAGUAGAAGAGAGUGCUGAAGGAAACGGAGAAGGGGCAGAGAAUGAAGGUGAUAUUUUGUGUGACCGAUUGUGGAGUCUGAUGGGUCGUCUUGAGGAGGCUGCCAGUCUGCUUGAUUCUCAGAACCUGGACGCCGAAGACCAAAGGGCUCUCACGAUCUCGCUUCUCAAAGCAUGUCGGAUGUGCAGCGCAGACAACCGCUCAGCUACGGAUGGAGAAGAAACAUCCAGGGGGGCCUCAACUCGAGAAGACCCAACCAUGGCGGAGGAAUCUUCCAUCGUCUCGGGUGUCGGUGUGCCAACCGAGAAUCGUCGUUUCAGCGCUGAGGGCUCUCUCCGACUUGAGCCGACCGCGUCGCUGUCCCCCUCAUCAAAGAGAGCUGCGACUCAGCGACAGUCGGGUGCCGAGAGGUCUCACGAGGAGCGGGAUCGGUUGACAGAAGACCAAGUGCGGGAGUUGCAAAAUGAGGUCAUCACACUAAGGCAGAACUUACAGAUAUUCACGGGCGACGUCGCAGCGGCACAGAAGAAGCACCGAAGGACAGCAACCGGCGAAAGUACAGGAGGUUCGGCGAGCCUGAGUGACUCUGUGGACGACGGUCGGUGUCUGUCGUCAACUGACGAGCUCAUGAUUCAGAGACUGGAUGAAUUGCAGAAACUGAACGCGCGUUUACUUCUGGACAACACCGUUCUUCAUCAACUUUGUACUCGCCAACCCUCCCCUGUGCGUGUGCCGUCGCUACACCCGAUGAUGGCGGGUCCACGGGGUUCGCUCCCCACUUCUGUGCCUGCUCGCUCGUGGAAAGCUCCUUUGUCUGCUUCCCCAGCGCCCGGUUCUCUGCUCCACCCGUCUGCAUGUCUCGUUUCUCUCCCUGUGUCCACACCGUCAUCGAGCCAUGCCACUUUCCCAGUACCGCAAGUCCUUGCAGGCCUCGACGCCACACAUGACGCGGCUCAUCAUGCUCUGUCACCAGGAAUGGCGCUCCACAUGAUGCCAGGUCAACAGAGCACGACCCCCGCUGCCUCGCCUCUGCACUGUGUCGGCCGUCCGGAGGGUCAGAGCGCCUCGUCCGCUCUCCAUAAGAACAGCCAGGUGCUGCCUUCGGCCAACUCUCGUUCUCUCUUCCCGGGUAUUUUGCCUCCGGAGCAAGGGAGACCACUGGCACACACGGCAGCGCGUCCCGCUGACUUCCAAGUCGCACAACUAGUGGGGACAGAUGGAGAGAACCGCCCCGUCUCUGGAGAACGAGACAGGACAGGGGCUCUGGAGUUGUGCGAGCGACAAACCGCGGAGCACACCGGGGACAAGGAGCCACAAGUGCAGGAGCUAUGGCUGAAGACAACUAAGCCUUCGCUGAGGAGCCGAAAGAGUGAAGGCGCGACUCCCUUCCCUGACGCACAGGCGAGUGAGGCGACCGCGCUUCCAAUCAAGAGUGCCACCGAGGCACAUCGUUGGCCAGACUGUAAACCCAAAGGGGUGGGGCGCCGGAAAAUGGUGCCAUCCCAGUCUCAGCCUGUUCUCGGCACGGCUGAGAGGCAAGGCAGCAGAAAGGUGAAGCCAGCCUUUUCGCAGUCGGAGGAUUCUGGAGCCGGAUGUCACCGCAGCGGGGACGCGGGAACGACGUCUUUACCUCCUCUUUUCGCCACUCAGACUGGAGAAACUACGAAUCAGCGUCCUUCAAUGUGCAAGGGGAAAACGGUAGGGGACGCGAAAAGUGAACAAGGAGAAAAAACGUAUCCUCGCCUUCCGCGACGAAUGGUCAAGCAUUCAGUGUCCGCAGUCGAGCUGCCUGUCCUGCGCGGCCCCCUAGCCGAACAUGUCUCAAAAGCAGCGAGAGGAAGUGCUGUUCCUGUCUGGUCUUCGCCCUCGAAGCUCCCUCCGUUGCUAACAGAGAACACUCAACGCGUCAAUUUCACCUGCUCGGGAAUGGCCACGUAUAGCACGUCGCCUUUUCAUCCUGGAGCGAAACCCGUGUCCGUCUCCAUUCCCGACGCACUCGGGCCUGGAGACGUGGGCGCACGGGCAGCGGUCAGUGGUGUAUACUUUUGCCAAGUCUCACCUGGCCGAGCCGCCGAAGCAAACCAACUGGCGGUCUGGGGACGAGGCUAUCCGGUCUCCGUAGUUGGCCUCCACGGAAAUGUGGGCCAAUCUGUUGCCAAGGUCUUUCAGAGAAAUGUGCGGAAGGGAAGUCGAGGAGACGAGACUGGUCGCAGCCACGGCUCGCGAGGACAGAGUGGAGGUUUUUUGUGGGCAGCCGGGAGCGGAAGUAUCUCUCGUGUGCAACGGCGAAGUGUAUCUUGUGUAUCGGGGGCGUCCAGCGAGCCUGAAGCCCGCGCAACUACCGGCUCAGAUCGGGUGAGACAUGCUCAAUCUACGAGCGACGAGGCUACAGUCAAGUCUGCACUCCACGCUGCCCCGGGGUUCGCACAGUCGCAGCUGAAAGGGAGUGAUGUUCGCCAGGGGGUCAGCUCGUCUCCACUUUCUUCUAGACCGACGACUCCCGUGACGCCCGGUACCUCAACAUCGACAACGCCACCGUUGCAUCAUGUCCAAAAUGGCGGCUAUCCGUAUCACCUAGGAGGCCUUCCUUAUUAUUACUACUUGCCCGGAGUGCCAGCACCCGUCUCGAACAACUCAGACAACACAUCCUGUCAGGCUCUCCGGGACCACGCUCCAAACUCGACAGUAAAUUUCCGUUAUGUGGCGUAUGCGUACCCCACAGUCAGCACAGCUCCCACGUCUUUCACGCCUCUUCAGGUGUGCUCCUCAGAGGGCGUCUCACCGGAGUUUCGACACGGCGCCAGUCUAAGCCGUGAGGGAACUCUCCCGCGGACGGGUUCCCGGCCAAGUGCCAGCCUGUCGGACUGCGGAGAAUCGGGUGCCGCUGCCUUCGGCUCAUGCGCCUCCGUGAACCAGAUGUGGGACGCAGCAAGGUGUCCUCAUUCACGAACGGCGGCUGCGACCCACUGCCAGAGACAUCUGGAGGCGCCGCAAUUCAUGACUGGGCCAGGAUCCCGGGAAGUUCUCCACAACAGUGGAGACUCGCGCUCCACAGAACAUGUGCUGUGCGAUUCUCCACAAACGAAAGUUGCUCCAAGGGCAAGUCAUGCGGCUUCACAAUCCACACCGCUUCUUAAGAGCACCCGUGCCCCUCCAAGAGCUCCUGCCACGCCUCAAGAAGGUAACCUGACAGGGCCGAAGGCUAGAUUAGGCCGAAGUUCGGCCACGGCAUCUAAGCGGUGGGGCGUCUCUCCGACUAGCGGGACUUUCCGCCCCUUCGAAACGUUUACGGCCUUUUUACAGAAGCAGUUUUUGGGACUUGCAGGCACAGGCACGAGCGGCGCUUCCCAGGUGGGUACGGCAGAUCAAACAGCUGCUCGAGGACGAAGCCUAACGUCCCCAAUAAGGGGAAAAGCUGCGAGGGUCUCUUCUGGAGGUACAGGACUCGGAUCACCGGAAUCUAAAAAGAUGCAGCCUGGAGCAGGUGACAGAUCUGCUAUGCGGGCGCGACUGACUACCUCUGUGGCCGCUCCGUCGCAAGGUCGUUUACGAAAUAAAGACACGGGAACCCGAUUGCACCGUGUGCGAGCCCCCCAGAAGCCGAGCGGCUCCUUUGGACCUGCCGUGGGGAGCAGUCGUGAGCAGGAGCUUAGAGAUUCACCAGGAGAUACGAAGGCCACGUGGUUGCCGAACGGCCUUGGAACAACGAGUACGGCAGCCAGCCAAAUCAGUUCUGCCAGUUCCAAGCAACAUCCAAAAGGACCACUCUGCGGAAUGAAUGUGUUUUGUGAUGUUCCACUUCUCCAGCAUUCAUCUGUUCAUCACUUGUGCGAGGACGCGGCGUCUCAAGGCUCUCUCAUCUCGACGCCUAAAUUAGAAAUAGAAGUCGAAGACCGCCGUGGUUCUGUUCCCGUCGGACGGUUGUUGGGACCUGCUGUGUCGAUGUCAACCCUGUAUCAGUUACAGGCACGGUGA